AUGAAAUCAUCUUGGCUGAGGUGGUCCCUCCUCUCACUGUUGGCCGUGCCUGCGUUGGGUACGCCAUCAGAUGCCUCCCCGGAUCAGGGAUCAGGGGACGCCCUCGUUAAGAGGUGGGGGGAAUUGGUGGACUCCGAUCAACCCACGACAUUCAACGAGGCCGAGGUCCCCCCGUUGACGCAGCUGACACCAGACAAUUUCGAAGAACUGACCAAAGAUGGUUACUGGAUGGUCAAACACUACUCCCCCUCCUGUCCCCACUGUAAGACGGCUGCUCCAAUUUAUCAGACUCUGUAUGAGUACUACUACACCUCCAAUCCCUUGUUCUACUCCGCAGCGAAGCCUGACGAGCCCGAGUCUCUCAAGUCUUUCACCGGUCACUACAACUUCCAUUUCGCGUCCAUGAACUGUCUGGCGUACAAGGACUUCUGUACAGAGAAGAACAUUGAAUUCUACCCCGCCUGGGUGUUCUACGAUAAGGGAGUUCAACAGAUUACCCCCAGUGGAGUCAAUCGGAUGUCGGACAUUGCGCAAAUCAUCGAAAACAAGCUCGAGCAGAUCAAACCUGGGUCUAGACCCUCGCAGGGUGUGGAAUUGCCCAAGAUCAACGCUCGGAGUAUGGAAAUGGUUGCGAAGCCAGAAGUUGCCAAGUCUACUGAGAAGACGGCCGUCGAGAAGGAGAGCAUCAAGACUGCGGAGCUCGAGGGCUCCAGUCCUGAUGCCGUCAAGGCCAAACUUCAAGGAAGACCGGCCAACCCAUUGGGUGUCUCCAUCCCUCUCACAGCGGAGAGCUUCCAGAAGCUUGUGACUACCACCCACGAUCCCUGGAUCAUCAAGUUCUUUGUUCCGUGGUGUGGACAUUGCCAGGCUUUGGCGCCGAACUGGAACUCAAUGGCCAAGGAGAUGAAGGAUACCCUCAACGUCGGUGAAGUCAACUGCGAGGUCGAGAGAAGGCUUUGUGAGGAUGCUCGCGUGAGCGCAUACCCCACAAUCUACUUCUUCCGGGGCGGAGAGAGGGUCGAGUACACCGGACUACGUGGCCUAGGAGAUCUCAUCUCUUACACCAGCAAGGCUGUCGGCGUCGGCUCAAGUAUUCAGGAUGUUGAUGCUACCAGUUUCAAGGAGUUGGAACAAACUGAAGAGGUUCUCUUCUUGUACCUCUAUGACCACGCCACGACCUCUGAAGAUUUCGAGGCCAUGAACCGACUGACCCUCAGUCUCGUGGGUCACGCUCGCAUGGUCAAGAGUGAUAGCGCUCAGCUGUCUGAGCGCUUCAAGAUCUCUACCUGGCCCCGUCUUCUGGUCGUACGUGACGGACGUCCAAACUACUACAACGCCCUCGCUCCAAAGGACAUGCGUGACUUCCGCCAGAUCCUUUCGUGGAUGCAGACCGUGUGGCUUCCCAUUGUCCCCGAGCUCACUGCCUCGAACGCGCAAGAGAUCAUGGACCACAAGUUCGUCGUUCUGGGACUUCUCAGCCGCCGCCGCAGCGACGACUUCAAGCAAUCCCGACGUGAAUUGAAGGAGGCCGCCCUCGAAUGGAUGGACAAGCAGGUUCAACUGUUCCGUCUCGAGCGCGCCGAGCUUCGUGAUUCCAAGCAGUUGCGUAUCGAGGAAGCCGAUGACCGCAAUGACCAACGUGCCCUGCGAGCUGCGAAGAACAUGCGUAUCACCAUUCGCGAGGACGACAAGAAGCAGGUUGCCUUCGCUUGGGUGGACGGAGACUUCUGGGAGCGCUGGCUGCGAACCACCUAUGGAAUUUCCGUGGAGACUGGUGAUCGUGUGAUCGUCAAUGAUGAAGAUAACCGCCGCUACUGGGACACCGCAUCCAGUGGAGCUCCCAUCAUGGCCUCUCGCACGUCCAUUCUGGAGACCAUUCCUCUCGUCAUUGCUUCCCCCUCGAAGCUCUCACCUAAAUCCACCGUCGGCACUUUCGAAACCUUCUUCUUCUCCACAUGGUCCCUCCUUAGCAGCCACCCGAUCCUCUUUAUCAUUCUGGGCAUCGUGCUCGCCGUGGCCACUGUCUUUGGACGUGGACGCCUUCGCCGCGGGGAUAACCGCGGUGGUAUUAUUGGUAACACCAACAAUGGUGGAUUCUUCCACCUCGAUGGCAAGGAGGGCUUCUUGAAUGGAGGCUCGACCGACAAAGUCGACUAA